UUUUGUAAUUUUAUAAUUAACCUUUUCAUGCAUCUAUAUAUACUCUACUCCAUAGAUUCGAUUCUUCACAAAUAUAAUAUUUGCACCUCUCUCCUUUUCUUUAGUGAGGUAAAGUGCAAAUUAUAAUGGAGAAAAGGAUGGUUUCAAACUUGUCUAAUUUGCCUAAAAGUUACAUAAUACCUCCAGAAAAAAGACCUGGAAAUAAUUUUUAUCCUAUAUGCAAUAUUCCAGUUAUCGAUCUAUCCAAAGCAAAAGGUGUUGAUCGACCAAAAAUUAUCAAUCAAAUUAUGCAGGCUUCUACAAAGUUUGGUUUCUUCCAGGUGAUCAACCAUGGAGUUGCAAUAGAAGUAAUGGAAGACGCGAUGAAAGUGUUUAAGGAGUUCUUCGAGUUGCCUUUCGAGAAGAAAUCUCACUUAUAUAAUACUCAUGAUGAGAAUGUGAAGUGCAAACUUUAUACAAGCAGUUCUAAUUAUGAAAAUGAAGAAAUUCACUAUUGGAGGGACUGCUUGAUACAUGAUUGUACUCCUUUGAAAGAAAGCUUUGAUCUUUGGCCCCAAAACCCUCCUAGAUACAGGGAGGUGGUAGGGGAGUAUUUGAGUCAAGUGGGAAAGCUAGGAUCAAGAAUUCUAGACCUAAUAAGUGAAGGAUUAGGGCUUGAAUCUGAUUUUUUCGCGCAUGGUUAUAAGGAGGACUUCUUCUUUACCGUGAACCAUUAUCCACCAUGCCCUGAUCCAAGUUUGACAUUAGGGUUACCAAAGCAUUGUGAUCCAAAUGUAAUAACUUUGCUUCUUCAAGAUAUUGUUCCUGGCCUUCAAGUUUGUGUUGACAACGAAUGGCAACUCGUUCAGCCUUGUCCAAAUGCUUUUGUGGUUAACAUGGGCCACCAAAUGCAGGUUAUAAGUAAUGGGAAGCUAAAAGGAGCAGAACAUAGAGUUGUGACAAAUGCAGAAAAGUCUAGGACAACUGCAUCAUACUUCGUUGUGCCAUCAAAGGAUUGCAUCCUUGAACCAGCAAAAGCUCUUACUAAAAAGGAUCUACCACUCUAUAAGCAAUUUCGAUACGCUGAAUUUAUGGAGACUUACAAAGCCCUUAAUACUCAAGAACCUGAAAAUCUUUUAGAGCCUUACAAGAUUAAAAAAGAGGUGAUUUAGAUCGAAUUAUCGAGGAUUAAUAAGGAAGCUAAGUAAACAAUAUUAAAGUUUAGAUUAAUGAAUAGUUAUUGAGUUAUAGACUCAUUAUAUUGGAAGCAAAACAUUCUCCUCGGAAACACUAGCUACUAUGUAUAUAUAAUGGUAUAGUACGUGCUUGUUUGGUUGAACUUGAGAAGUUAUAUACGAAGAACUACAUAUGGUUUUUUUUUUUUUUUUUAAAAUUUUUUUUGUUGCAAUUUAAAAUGUUUUGUGUCUUUUUUGGUUGUAAUAAACUUUGAUAUGGUUGUAAACUUGUAACAUGCAAAAUGGGUAUCUUUAUUAGUUGUAAUUGGUAAAUUUUCCUUUACUUAUCUAGGUUAACUUUUAACAUUUUGGGGUAAAUGAAAAAUCAUAGCCACUGCAACUUACCCUCUUUUUUUUUUUUUUUUUUUUUUUUUUGGGAGAAGAAACUAAUAACCUCAAUUCUUUACUAAUUAGAAAUUUUCGCUUCCUGUUUUUUUGAUUGAUCUUCACAGAGAUUCAUAUAUAAAAGUGAUGCCAAAUUUCUUGACUUAUUAGAAAUAAUAGUAUUUUUUUUUUUUGGACAUAAGGGUUUUUUUUUUUUUUUUGAAGGGAAAGAUAAAAUAUCAUUAAUUGAAAGCCAUACGACAUCUACAAUAAGCAUUAUAGAAAAAUAAAAUACAGUCUAAAUUAAUCAAGUAAAAAUCCUCUUUAAAGAAACUAUGAUGAUGAGAAACUAGAUCUGACGAUGAAGUACAGUUCCCGAUUGUUCGCUGAAUUAUGCAGCCUUCUGUGAGGGAGUCCAUUUUCUUGACAUAGUUUUGGGAGGAAAAUUCAUUACCUGACCAUGUCGAUCGCAUCCUCAAUUCCAACGCCAAUUGCAAAAUUGUACGAAUAACAACCCAUGAAUCCAAUCUUUCAAAUAACACCCUAAAAAUAAAUUCCAAUCUUCCAUAAGGGAAGAGAAGAAAUACAAGCACCAAACUCUCACAAAAGGAGAGAACAAACCCAAAAAUUGGAAGAAAACUCUCAUAAAGAGAGAGUAAGGAGAAUUAUUAAUGGCUAAAAACAAAAAAACAAAGGAAAUAAAGAAAGAAAUGGGGCUUACCAUCAUCAAAGAGAUGACGAUGGUAGCCCCUUGCGGUUGCCAAAGAUUUUAGGGUUUUUUUAGGGUUUUUUUUGGAGAGGGAAAGAGAUAAGGGUUUUUUUUUUUUUGUU